CCUAGUAUAAUACGCGCGCGUUCGCUUUGCUGCAGUUUUAUGUACGGCUUGGAGUCGGAUCGGACUACCCGAGCAGGGUUACCGGGUCACCGUGACGAUUAACAUAUAAUAUUAUACACUAAUAUAAGUACGUGUCGUGUUAAAUUGUUGGAUGUAAUCGAGAUAUCUAAAAUAUCACUGCGUGAUAUGUAGCUUUUCGUCUCGUACACGAUCAAUCGUAUCUUGACCGCACGCGUGAUGAGAGCCGUCUGCUGUUCUCUUUUAUCUCAUCGUCCUGAAAGUUCUGCAACGAUAUGAUUUCGAAAGCAAACGUACGACGUCGUCUUAUUGUUCCCCCGACCAGUUUGAAGAUACUCGAGUGAUGAAGGUUGAAAACAGCGAUGUGCCCACAAUAUUCAACCCACGGAAGCCUAGACUUUCGCAAAGUAAUGCCGUGCUGACGUCAGACCACAGGCCUUAUGGUCCUUUCUCGCACGUGCUGUCCAGAAGUGAAUCUCUGUGUCAGCCCGAAGAUGUGGAACAAGUGGAACAGUGCCAGCGGAGGCAGUUGGGCGUGUUCAAGAGGCUGAAGAACAAAUGCUGUUCGAAACAUGCGAGGAAGGUAUACUACGGUUUGUGCGUCACUUUUUUCGUCACCGCAUCUUGGGUUGGUGCCACGCACGCUAUCAAGUACCUGUAUAUGUAUCAUCCCACCAAAUAUCCGGUGCUCACAGGCAGCGGAUUCAAUUUUUCAUCCAUACACCAACAAACGCUGAUGACGUACAACGCGCCGUUCUUCACCACGUGGUUUUGUACUAACUGGACCGUGCUGUUCUUUCCACUGUACUUUUUCUGUCAGCUGGGCAGCCCCAACUACCAGACACCCACCGACAUACUGGGAGAGAGCGUCCGAAAUUUCCGGGACCGCGGGUUCACCGCCGCACACUUCCUGACGCGGUGCUGCAUGUUCUGCAUGCUGUGGGUGUUCACCAACUACCUGUACAUACAUGCGCUCAGCAUACUCGUGGCCACCGAUGCCCUGGCCUUGUUCGCCAUCAACGUGUGCUGUGUGUACCUGCUGUCUUGGGUCAUACUCCAUGAUCAGUUCGUCGGCGUCCGGAUCGUGGCUGUCAUCCUGUGCAGCACAGGGGUGGCUUUACUCGCCUACAUGGACGCCGGAAUUACGAACAAAAAGAAGACCAUGACCGGGGUUCUGUUAGCGGCUUUAGCUGCUGCCGGGUCAGCAGUAUAUAAAGUCAUGUUCAAAAAAAUGAUCGGCGAUGCUACUUACGGCCAAGUGUCGCUAUUUUUUUCCCUCAUAGGCCUUUUGAACGCCGCACUUCUCUGGCCAGUGUGUUUAGUUUUGUACUUUUCCGAAGUCGAAAUACUUCAUUGGGACCGUUUGCCUUGGAUGAUACUAUUAUCGGCCAGCACGCUGUCAUUGGUCGCGAACUUACUGGGAAAUUUGAGCGUUGCGUUCACUUACGACAUUUUCAUUACGUUCGGACUAAUCACCGCGGUUCCCGUGUCUGCAGCCAUUGACAUAACCAUACACGAUGUACAGUUUUAUGGUAUGAAACUUGCUGGCAUCAUACUUAUAUCGAUCGGUUUCUUAUUGGUCAUGUUUCCUAACAACUGGCCAGAAUACAUUUUUCGAUUGCUCAGGAAUAUAAUACUACUGAGUCAUAGCGCUAGAUUGUUUAGAUCACUGGUGCGAGUGCAAAAGAUCGAUUGAAAAUGUAAUUAGAACCCUUUCGAUUGCGCCGCCGGGAGUGUAACGUGUAUGUACGUUCUGUCUGUUGUUGUACCCGCAGGUGGAGCCGGAAGAACCGGGGACUGCCACCCAACCCACCCAAAGUGGAAAUCGACUACCGGACCGGGUACAUCAGGUCGCAUUUGCGAUCUCCGUCCGGUCGGGUCAGGUGACCGACUACUGCCAUUGCCGCUCACCCACCGCGGACGUGGACUUCGUUAUUCGUCGUGAUCGAUAAAUCGACCGGCAAACGUUGUAAUAAUAAUAAUAAUAAUAAUAAUAAUAAUAAUUGUCAUAAAAUUGUCCUCGUCGUAUGUGACAGCAGCAACAGUAUUGCGAAUUUUCCGAUUUCAUUUCUUAGCCGUUUUACUUCUAUAUAUAUGUAAAUAAUAUUCCUUAAUGGCUGUGCUUGAAUUAAUAAGGAGAGGGGGGGGCGAACUGCCUCGAAAAUUUUUGGAAUCAGAGAAUUAUAAAUUUAUAUUAUUCUAUAACCUAUAGACUCUAAGGCCCUCUGGACCUUGGAUGCGUGGCUAUAUGGGAACCAAAAAAGUCUACCAUGAGAUUACUUUUUCAUGAAUUGGGUGCUUUAUUGUACUAACUACUAACACCUGAUUUGAUUGUAUAAUCAAUAACUAAUAAGAGCAUGUAUAAUAUAAGAUAGUGUGUUUGGUUAUUAUAAUAUUGUAACUAAUGUCAUUGGGGUUUAAGAAGCUACCUAUAAUUUUUCUUGGAACUCCCAAAUUUAGACUUGACACGCAACAAAAAGAUGCGUCCCCCUUCAAUGUUAUUAUUUUUCCAAUUUAAGCACACCUUAGAGGCAUAUAACGUUAACACAUAUCCGAGCAUAAUAUUACUAGCCUGCUAGUAAUAUUAUAAGUUACAAUAUUAGGUACAUGUUGUUGGUUAACAUUUUUGUAAGAUACGUUCGUGUUUCGAGUAUACUGUAUAAUAUGUAAUAUAUUAUUAUGUACAAUUGUUAUUAUUAUCAUUAUUAUUAGGUAUGUAGAUAAUGUUCGUCAACCGAAAACAGAAUUGAACAUAAAUUUACACAUUUCUCUUGUUUCUUGUUUAAUAUUUUAAAAAAAACGUAAUCAACUCGCCUAUUCAUAUUAUAUAGGUACAUAUUAUUGACAUAAAAUUACGUUAAUCACUCGAAUUGUAAUUUGUAAUGUAUUUCAAAAUGUAUACUUAUCCCUCGAUGGCGCGAAUUUAUAACAGAUUGCAGGAAACAUCUUGUGGAUUAUAAAGACGACAAUAUAUCCGUCCACGAGCAAU